CAUCAGUUCUUGACCUUUAAAACCCCCCAUUAAACAAACUGAAACUUCUCCCUUUCUUUCUUUAACUCUAUCUAUAUCUCUUUUGCUUUCUUUGAUUCUUUCCAUUUGAGGUACCUAUUGCUAUUCUUGGAAAGAAUGUGCCAUUCAAACGAACCAUACGGAGAAGCAAAUUUCCUCUCCAUUAAAGUUGCUCAAGAAGCCGACAUGUUUGCCCCUUUGAUACCCAAAAGCCCAACAAAUCAAUAUCAAGCCCAGAAUUCUGAGGUCCCUAAUUACCCCCACAAAACCAACAACAAAAUCACUCAUCUUUCCCUUGUUUUCAAAGAAGCUCAAUCCAUUGCUAAUAUCGCUUUUCCUAUGAUUCUCACCGGUCUUUUACUCUACUCCCGGUCCAUGAUCUCUAUGCUUUUUCUUGGCCGGCUCGGUGAUUUAGCACUAGCCGGCGGUUCUCUUGCUAUUGGAUUCGCUAACAUCACUGGAUAUUCAAUCCUUUCUGGUUUAGCCAUGGGUAUGGAACCCAUUUGUGGACAAGCUUUUGGUGCCCAAAAAUUCAAUCUUCUUGGGCUAACUUUGCAAAGAACCAUUCUUUUACUUUUAUUUACUUCAUUUCCAAUUGCUCUGCUUUGGGUUAAUAUGAAAACCAUUUUACUCUAUUGUGGCCAAGAUGAAGAUAUUGCUACAGAAGCACAAUCUUAUCUUUUCUAUGCACUCCCUGAUUUAUUCGCCCAAUCUUUACUUCACCCUUUGCGUAUUUAUCUUAGAACUCAAUCUAUAACUCUGCCUUUAACUUUUUGCGCUGUCCUCGCAAUUCUUCUGCAUAUACCCAUAAAUUUUCUUCUUGUUACUAAACUUAAUUUAGGGGUCAAAGGAGUUGCCCUGAGUAGUGUUUGGACUAACUUCAAUCUAGUAGUUUCUUUAAUUAUCUAUAUUAUUAUCUCUGGUGUAUAUAAAAAGACAUGGGAAAAGUUGUCAAUGGAGAUUAUCAAAGGAUGGAAAUCGCUAUUAAAUUUAGCGAUCCCGAGCUGCAUUUCGGUUUGUUUGGAAUGGUGGUGGUACGAGAUAAUGAUUUUGUUAUGUGGGCUAUUGAUAAACCCGAAAGCUACAGUGGCAUCAAUGGGCAUUUUAAUUCAAACAACUUCAUUGAUAUAUAUAUUCCCAUCUUCUCUUAGCUUCAGCGUGUCAACAAGAGUGGGAAAUGAAUUAGGAGCAAGGCGGCCGGAUAAAGCUAAGGUUGCUGCCAUUGUAGGACUUGCUGGCAGCUUCAUUUUGGGCUUUACAGCACUGUUUUUCGCGGUGACAGUGAGGAAAGUUUGGGCCAAGAUGUUCACUAAUGACAAGGAGAUUUUGGCGUUAACAUCACUUGUAUUACCAAUAAUUGGGCUUUGUGAACUGGGAAACUGCCCGCAAACAACUGGCUGUGGGGUACUGAGAGGAACAGCGAGGCCUAAAGUUGGAGCAAAUAUAAAUUUAGGUUGCUUUUAUCUUGUUGGAAUGCCAGUAGCAGUGGGGCUAAGUUUUUAUGCAGGCUUUGAUUUUGAAGGAUUAUGGCUUGGAUUAUUGGCUGCGCAGGCUUCUUGUAUGGUGACCAUGUUACUUGUUUUGCUCCAUACAGAUUGGGAUUUUGAAGCACAGAGAGCCAAAGAACUAACAGGAACUACUACUGUUAGCAACUUUCUUGAUCACAACAAAGAAACUGAAGAAAAUAAUGAAAUUUUUUUAUGUUAAUGUUUUUUUUUUUUUUUUUUUUUUAAAACCCCUGAUUUAAUUCCUCCAUUAAUUAUUUUAUGUUUAGUAGGAGUAAUAUAUAGAUGUAUAGAGAGGGGAGGGGGCAGGGGGUGUAUUGAUAGUGUUUUUUUAUUUUAUUUUUUUAUUGCUUUUUAAAGCUAAGGCUGAAACUGAAGCAGACUCUUUGUUUUGGUAAUUUGGGUGAUAUCCAAAAUGGGAAUUAUCACAGGAAAUGACAAAAGAUUGUUAGCUGGAAAAACCAACAAGAAGAAAAGGUGCCGUUUGUACUGUAGCUAAAGAAACAUAAAUGAAGAGUUUCUAUCGAAUUCGGUUCA